GUAUUGUACUACUAUCCCCCCCCUUGAAUAAUUACGAGUGGGUCCUUUGGUAACGCCACACUGAAACUUCGUCAGUAUCCCCGAAUUAGGAAAUAUCAGGUGCUUUCGAGAGCCGCUAUUCGCUAUAGACCCUCGAUUGCGUGCCUUUAGUGGUGUGAAUCGUGGCAUGAGAGUGUGGCGAAUAUUGGACUCACUCGAAAUUGUUCAUGGGGGGGAUAGUAGCAUGGGCAUGCUUGUGGCAAAUGGAGUGGCGUGGUUCUCGAUAUCGAAAGGCAAAAUGCCAUGCCCACUCUUGGGAUACCGAGGGAUUCCCAUCUCUGGAGCGGGAUGCGUGGGGUUUCAAAUUUGGUUUCUUGGUGGGCCGCCAAGGUCCAUAUAUUUUCUAACGAAGCGCCGGAGGUAUGUCCGGAUCUCGAAAAAGGAGGCCAUAAGCGAAAAAAAAGGCGGCCGCCCGCCUUUUCUGGGAGAAGUACUGUAUUGUGUGUGGCAGGCUUCCAUUUACAACGGUCAAUACGUACCGGAGGACCUACCCGACCUUUUGUAGCACCAGUUUGGGAGGCUGUUUAGAGUCUAAUGUUGGUUUGUCGUGUCAGUCACGAUACAUUUUUGAAUCUGCUCAG